AUGAAGCAACCUUUCACACAACUUGCUCACUCCAUCGUAAAUCAAAGUUUUUCUUCAACUUGGAACAUGUCAAAAAUUACGAAAAAAAAUGCAAGACGAUUGUCUCUCAUUAAUCACAAUCCUUCCCUACAGCUGAACGAUGCCUUGUUCGAAAAAUUUAAAAUUCAUAUGAGAAGUUAUCGGAAUUGUGUGCCAUUUUCAAUGAAGUUUGAAGAGAUGAAUAAUAUCAAGUCGAUCGAACAUAAAUUGCACUGUCCCUCCCAAGCCAAGAUUUCUCACUCACACAAUUGUUUGUGCAUCUCUGAUAAUUUAGAUUCUGAACUGAAAUUUUUUGAUUUGAUUACUCAUGAAUAUUUAGGAGGCUUUCUUGUUGAAGGAGUGACUGGUUUGUUAAUUGAAGAGAAUUUUGAUGAUCAACAAAAUGAUGCUAUUUAUUUUGGAAAGAAUAAGUAUACUUUCAAAUAUAGAGUGAAGGAUUUAAUGAGAUUAGGAUCAAGUGCUGAUUGUAUUUGGAAAAUUGAAAGAAAUCAUAUGUAUGGAAUGGCAAUUAGAACAAUUGGAAAUCAGAAACAAUUAUUCAGAUAUAGUGCUUCCCAAGGAGUUAUGGAUAUUAUAGAUACUGUGAAUGGAAAGGUCAUUAAAGAGUUGAAACUUGAAAAACUCGACAGAGUAAUGGAUAUUAUUUUCAUCAAUCCAAAAAGAAUGCUUGUUGCUGAACUUUUUCAUAAUGCAUGUUUUAUUUAUGAUGAAAUGAACGAAAAUGAAUGGAAAUUGAUACAAACAAUUGAAAAAGCAGAGAAUAUUUAUUUUAGUCAACCAUUAGGAUUGGCAAUUGACAGAACAGGAGGGAAAAUAUUUCUUUCAGAUUAUGACAUUAAGAGAAUUGUUGUAUUUAAUGAGAGUUUAGAUUUGAUUGAUUGUCAUUAUCCAGAAUCUCUGAAUCCAUUUCGUCUCGAUUUUGAUGAAACAACAGGAUUACUCUAUAUUACUGAUCAACAAGAUGAUUCCAUUAGAAUAUUUAAAUAG